AUGUGGAGGGAGACGAUCGAGGAGGAUGCGGUUGACAGCGUAGACGCCGUUGGAGGUUUUACUUGUAUUGGUGAUGAUGAUGAUGAUGACGAUGAUGAUGAUGCUUGUUUCGGUGAUGAUAAAUAUGGCAAUGAUGUUGAUAGCGAUGAUGAUGACGGUUGUGAUGACUGCAUUAGUUUGAGGUUUGUGGUUGUGAAGUUGAUGGUCGAGUUAUGCCCAUCGGAGAACAUUGGGGAAUAUAUAUGGGGGUUAGUGGACCGCUGGGAAGAUGUGGAGGGGGACGUGGGGGAUGCGGUUGACAGCGUAGACGCCGUUGGAGGUUUUACUUGUAUUGGCGAUGAUUGUGAUUAUGAUGAAGAUGAUGAUAAUGAUGAUGAUGCUUGUUUCGGUGAUGAUAAAUAUGGCAAUGAUGAUGAUAGCGAUGAUGAUGACGGUUGUGAUGACUGCAUUAGUUUGAGGUUUGUGGUUGUGAAGUUGAUGGUCGAGUUAUGCCCAUCGGAGAACAUUGGGGAAUACAUAUGGGGGUUAGUGGACCACUGGGAAGAUGUGGAGGGGGACGUGGAGGAUGCGGUUGACAGCGUAGAGGCCGUUGGAGGUUCUGAGAUAGAGCAGAUAAAAGCCAUUGGCUGGGUUAAUGAGAUCUUGUGGCGUCACUUGGUUUUGCUUAUGCACGGUCUAGUGACGUGA